GUCAACAGAUCAUGUUGGGCCAUUCAGACUGAGAGUUGAAGCAGUGAAGAUCUGCAGCUCAGACAUGAAGCACUCUGCUUAUCAUCGACUCAUAAUCCUGAUGCUCAACUGCGUCUCUGCCUUCUCGCAAAUUCACCAUGAAGUUGUCUAUGUGGUGGGCUGCUUUACAAACGGCACAGCUGAGGUCCAGUUUGAGUUUGAUGCCGAGGAAAUUUUAUACACGGAUUUCCAAAGAAAGGAGAUUGUUUACACUGUGCCCAAAUUUAUUGAUCCUGACCCUAGUCACAUUUUGGUGGGUUUGAGUCUAAUGAGAGACGCUCUGACAAACAAGGACCUCUGUGUAGAUUUAGCAAAAGUCGUUGCAAAGGAAGAGAAUAAUCCACCAGAAGAAAGAGACCCCCCUGAGAGUGUCCUCUACCCUUCGGAGGAAGUUGAGCUGGGAGUUGAAAACAGCCUCAUCUGCUUUGUGAAUCAUUUCUACCCACCUGACAUCAGAGUAAGCUGGACCAAAAAUGGUCAUCCGGUGUCAAACGGGGUGUCGCUGAGUCGAUAUUAUCCAAAUAAUGAUCAAACAUUCCACCAGUUUUCUACCCUGACAUUCACACCGAGGGAGGAGGACAUUUACAGCUGCACUGUGGAGCACAUAGCCUUGAGCAAGCCCAAAACGAGGAUCUGGGAACCUAAACUGAGUCAUCCCAGUCUUGGACCAGAUAUUUUUUGUGGAGUGGGUCUGGCUGUGGCCUUGUUUGGAAUCACAGUUGGAGUCUUUUUAAUUGUCAAGGGACACCAUAGAAAAUAAUUUCUCUAUUGCUGAAUAUGGUCAACACUGCAAAUGAAUACAGUAUCGCAUCUUUUCAUAUUUAAUGAAUUAGAAACAAUCACUGUGACUUGGGAGUGCAAGAUCUAAACCUUUAUUUUUGCUUUAAAGAGGAGAUAAUAUGAAAAGCAAGAAUAAUUGUAAGCAAUGGUACAAUAAAAGUCACUUUCAUGGGGACUUUCUCACUUACAUUACAUGUUACAUUAAGUUACAUACGUUACAUGUCAGAUAAAAUCUCACUUAAAGUGGUCAUUAUAUUAUCAUGGAUCAAAACCUACAACUUCUCUUGAAUUUGCUGUCUUUAAAAUAGUACUACUUUGUGCAAAAGAGAGAAUCUCGAGUUUUAAUAAAAAGAAGAAUUUAAGAUUUGCACACUUCA